UAGCAACCGCAGCGGCUAAAGCGAAAACGCCCCCACAAAAAUGCACCCCAUUCGCCGCACAGCAGAAACAGAGAGAGCAAGUACGCAACCUCACGAAAAGCGCCGCCGCCGGACGCCGAUACCUCCGUCUUCCCUUCCUCCGGCGCGCUAGUCGCCAUGGUGAAGCGGUGGCUCCCCCUUGAGGCCAACCCGGACGUCAUGAACCAGUUCAUGUGGGGACUGGGAGUCCCCGAGGACGUAGGGUUCUGCGACGUGUAUGGCCUCGACGACGAGAUGCUCGCCAUGGUGCCCCAGCCCGUGCUCGCCGUCAUCUUGCUCUACCCCCAGGAUCGGAACAAGGAAUCCCAAGCUUCGACUGCAUCGUCCGUGGAGACCAAGGAGCCCAGCAAGAAGGUAUAUUUCACAAAACAGACCAUUGGGAACGCCUGUGGAACAGUUGGUAUUAUUCAUGCACUGGGGAAUGCUGCUUCCAAAAUCAAGCUAGGUGAGGGAUCAUAUUUUGAUAGAUUUUAUAAACGAACUGCUGACAUGGAUCCUAUCCAGCGUGCUGUGUUUCUUGAGGAGGACCAAGAAAUGGAGAAUGCUCAUUCUGUUGCUGCUACUGCCGGUGACACAGAGGCCAAGGAUGGUGUAAUUGAACAUUAUGUUUGUUUCUCUUGCGUUGAUGGAGAACUUUAUGAGCUUGAUGGAGGGAACUCACAGCCAAUACCUCAUGGCCCUUCUUCUCCCGAUACCUUGUUGCAGGAUGCUGCAAAAGUUAUAACGGCACGGAUUGCACAGUAUUCCCAGUCAAACAACUUCAAUGUCAUGGCUCUUUCAGGCAAGUGAUAUAGCCCCAGACAUUACCCCGCAAUAUUUAGUAUUGUUCUUUUGCAUCUGUUUUAAUAUUUGAACACGGGAAAAAAUGAAAUAAGAUGGAGAGAGAAAGUUGUCUAUAUAGAACUCGUUGGUAGUUUCACUCA